GAAAAGAAAAAAACAUAAUUGGCAACAGUAACCUUAAUAAAAUCAAGAAAAACAAGAUCCACCUCGAACAUCCCUCCUCCUCUCUCUCUUUCUCUCUCUCUCUUAUCAUCCCAUCCUCUUCUUCUUCUUUCUUCUUCAUCAUCAUCAUCUCUGAAUUUGAUAUUCUUUGAGAUAGAAAGAGAGAGAGAGAAGGAAAAGUCUGUUAAUGGAUUUUCUUUUUUCUUUUUUCUGCUUCUGCUGCUGCAGUCUUACUCUCUCUCUGUCUCCUCUUUCAGUGGAACUUGGUUAAUAAUAAUAUUUAAGUUGGUUGAUACUCUCUGUCAAGAUUGUCCCUUUGAUUGUUCUCCAUUCCUAAUGGACCCAGAAAUCCAACAACACCUUCUUCUUCUACAGUGAUUGAGUGAGGAUCAUUCCAGACCCACCACUUCAAAUUCGAUUCCCUGAUUUGGGUUUGCUUUCACAAAUCACAAAAUCAUGAGAGAAGAUGAUUCCAAUUGGUUUGCUAAGUGGGAGGAACAACUUCCUACUCCGGAUGAACUCAUGCCCCUGUCUCAAACCCUAAUCACUCCUGAUUUAGCCAUAGCAUUCGACAUCCGUAAUCCCAUCGUUUCCCAUCACCAAUACCAUCCUCCUCCUCCUCCUCCACCGCCUCUGCUUCAGGCCACAACUUCUUCACUCCCCAAUUCCUCCGAAUUUGACUCCGCAGAAUUGGGUUCCGGCGCAGGCGGCGACGAACCAGCGAGGACCCUGAAACGUCCGAGGCUAGUUUGGACACCGCAGCUGCACAAGAGAUUCGUCGACGCCGUGGCUCAUUUGGGUAUCAAGAACGCAGUCCCCAAGACUAUAAUGCAGUUGAUGAGUGUGGACGGGUUGACUCGAGAGAACGUAGCGAGUCACCUACAGAAAUAUCGUCUCUACUUGAAGAGGAUGCAAGGUCUUUCGAACUCCGGUGGUGCCGCUGGUGGGUUUCCGGCGACGGGAGAUCCAGCCACGGAUCAUCUAUUUGCUAGCUCCCCUGUGCCUGCUCAUUUCCUACAUCCAACGGGUAGACCAAAUUCGGAUAAUUUCAUGCCGUUUAUGCCUGUGGCAACGUUACAGCAACAUCAUCACCAACAACAAAUGGCGGCGGUGGCCGUGGCAGGACACCAUCAUCAGUUGCAGCCGCAUUAUAGGCAAAUGAGUCAAUUUGGUUCGCCGCCGACUACGAACGGACAAUUUGAGCAUUCAUUCAUUAAUAGGCCAUCAUCACAAGCAGUUAGAAUGGUGGGGGGUCCAAUCCAUAAUUCUGUAUCAUCAUCAACAUCAUCAUAUAUAGAUGACAAUGGAAGAAAAGUACUUACCCUGUUUCCAACUGGUGAUGAUUAGAACAAAUUUGGGUAACAACAGGAAAUCAGUGAUCACUCUGUUUAUUUCUUCUUCUUCACCAAUGACUUUUAAUUUUAAGAUUAUUAUGUUUUCCAGUUCUUUGUUAAUUUAUAUGCAGAUUUCUAUUUAGAUGAAACUUGUUGUCAUAUUAUUAACUAAGUAAACAAACAUGUCCUUAAGUGUCAUUGAACUUGCUGCUCCACAAACAUAUGGCUAAGAACAGAUUCAUAUGAACCAACCAGACAGCAAAAACCCAAUUUUUAAAUCGUACAAGACAGCAAAGCAGAAGAAUCUCUCCAUUUCCUCGCUACAUUUAUGUUUCAAAUUAUUCCAGCAGAUCUGAUCUCA